UGAAAUCUGUACCGUCUCAUCCGUAAAGAAGCUGUGAGAUUCUGUCAGUUCUGACUCGUUGUUCCGUACCUAAGGACAAGGAUAUUAGCAAGCCAGCAUGUCAGUUUUCGGCGAAGUCCCGCAAGCUGUACCCGUGGCCGUUUUUAAAUUGACAGCCGAUUUCCGGGAUGACCAGAAUCCCAACAAGGUGAACCUUGGAGUAGGAGCAUACAGAACAGAUGACUCCCAGCCCUGGGUACUGCCCGUGGUGAGGAAGGUGGAGAAGAUGAUUGCUGAGGACCACCGUUUGAAUCAUGAGUACCUGCCCAUCCUGGGUCUGCCCGAGUUUCGCUCCAGCGCCUCCAAGAUUGCCCUGGGGGAGGACAGCCCUGCCAUCCUGGAGAACAGGGUAGGAGCCGUGCAGUGUCUGGGGGGAACUGGCGCUCUGAAGAUCGGUGCAGAGUUUCUUCGCAGGUGGUACAACGGCCAGAACAACACGAAAACACCAGUCUAUGUGUCUGCUCCAACCUGGGAGAAUCACAAUGCUGUAUUUGCCAACGCUGGGUUUGAGGAUGUCCGUCCAUACAAAUACUGGGAUGCCGAAAAGCGUGGGCUGGAUCUGGCUGGUUUUCUCGGUGACCUGGAGAGUGCGCCCGAACAUUCCGUCUUUGUUCUGCAUGCCUGUGCCCACAAUCCCACGGGCACGGACCCCACUCAGGACGAAUGGAAGCAGGUGGCUGAAGUCAUGAAGCGAAGGAAUCUGUUUGUCUUCUUCGACUCGGCGUACCAGGGCUUUGCGUCGGGAAGUCUGGAGAAGGACGCUUGGGCUAUUCGUUUCUUCGUGUCUGAGGGAUUUGAGAUGUUCGUUGCCCAAUCCUUCUCAAAGAACUUUGGCCUCUACAACGAGAGAGUGGGUAACCUGACCAUCGUCGCUAAAGACCACGAGAACCUGACCCGGAUUCUGUCCCAGAUGGAGAAGAUCGUGCGAGUCACCUGGUCCAACCCCCCAUCCCAGGGAGCCCGUGUGGUCGCCAUCACACUCAACACCCCCGAACUCUUCACCGAAUGGAAGGAUAACGUGAAGACCAUGGCCGACAGGGUCCUGCUGAUGAGAGCCCAGCUGAAAGCCAAGCUCCAGGCCCUGGGCACCCCGGGAACCUGGGACCACAUUACGGAGCAGAUUGGCAUGUUUAGCUUCACCGGCCUCACCCCCAAACAAGUGGAGUACAUGGUGAAGGAGAGACAUAUCUACCUGAUGGCCAGUGGACGCAUUAACAUGUGUGGCCUCACCACCAAGAACAUCGACUAUGUGGCGGAGUCUAUUCACGAAGCCGUCACCAAAGUCCAAUAAAGAACCCCCUCUCUCUCUCUCUCUCCCUCCCUGUCUAUCUCUCUAGCGCUCUCUCUCUUUACCUCCCAUUCCAUGCACAUUUCUGUGCCCUGUCAUUCCGAGACUUUGUGUUUGUGUGUGUAUGUGUGUGAAAGUGGCGCUGAAAGAAUCUGGUACAUACACACACAAACGCACGUACUUGACGCGUAUCACCUCAGUCUUUCGUUUUCUGAACAACAACAAACGCCGACCAGUUGAUCAAUCAACCCAUAUAAACUUGACCAAGUUUUUAAAACCUUGAAUUUAAUGCACAAAGUAAUAUAUUAAUUCCAUCUGCCUCUGCUUACAGGGGAUAUAGGUCUGUGUGUGUGUGUGUUGUUUUUUUUUUCCUUGUCUGUUGUGGUCCAACAAAUUAUGUUUCAGUCUUACGCUGUCAUAAAAAAAAGCACUUUUUUUGUUGUGAUAUUGGGGUUUUAGAGUGACUUAUUGUUCAACGAGCAAGCUGUAUUUUUGAAUUUAUUUAAAGAUCUUCCACUGUUUAAAAUUAGAAUUCCAGCUGUUUAGAGCAUAUUUCAUGAUGUUACGUGUAUGAACCUGUGUUUGUUUUGAGUUAUGAGUUAUGCUGUAACACAGAAACUUCUGGACAGACAGCAUAAAUGUACAAUUUCAAAAACGCUUCAGGUUUAAUUGUCCUAUUAUCAGUCACCUCAGGUUAUCAGAACCUGUUCUUGGUCGGUUCCACGCUCGCCAGUGUGUAAAGGUUGAGGCCGUGUGUUAAUGUCUGUCUUUGCACAGGACCAUUUCUAGGCGUGACAACAACUGUAGGCAUUAUAUGUAAACACUGAAUCCAGUUUGAACCAUGGUAACUUGCAGUUCUGAACAGGUUAUUGCCCAGUCAUUGGGAGCCAAGGCUUAGCUUUCUGAUUUGUUCAUGUUGUGUUGAGUUCUCAACGCAGCCCAGCUUUUGCAUUCUGACUCACUUUAGCGUAGUGGUUCGGCGUAUUAAAGCGCGCCUGUUUGCACAAAUACAGUUCGCUCUCUGUCCGUCGAAUCACCAAGCAACAGUUCGUUCUCACGCAAUUAAUGUAUACAGUACGAUUACGCACAAUAACAGUCUGUAACAGUUAAACAGUGAAUGAAAUGUAUUCAAAUAAACACUGUAUG